GCCGACCCCUUCGUUUACUCUCUUCCUUUGUCUCUUUCAGUCUCUCUCUCUCUCUCUUUCUCUCCCCUAAAAAAAAUCUCUGCUCUGCUUUGUGUCUCCCUCUUAUUCCUUCUCCUUUAACAUCCUCCUCCUCGUCCGGGAGGAGCCUUUGGAGGAAGUCAGGCGUGGUAGGCACAGAUCUUGGAAGUUGUUGGUGGAGAGGAAGGCCAUGGGAGGCUGCAAGGAGGAGAUGAGGAUGGAGGGUUACUCGGUGGUAUGUCCUAAGCCACGUCGUUUGGAUAUGGGCCUCUUUGAUCCCUCCUUUCACGAUCACAACUUCAGACCCUCCUCCUUCAGAUGGCCCAUCAAUCAUCAAAUGGAGACCGGAGAUUCAGAAGCAGGGACAGAGCUUUUGGAUAUCAUUCUCACUAAGGGAAAUUAUGCUGAGAAAUCCUGUAACCAAGAAGCUUCUUCGCCACCAUUUUUCUGUGGAUCUCCACCGAGCAGGGCUUCGAACCCGGUAAUCCAAGAUGAGCAGUUUGGCAAUGAGAAUGUCACCCCUUUUUCUCCGGUGGCACCACCCUCGCCCUCCGCCCGUAAAGGCAGAGGAUGUGUACGUGUGAAAUUCGGCCACAAACCCGCCACAGUUCGCGUCGAAGGCUUCGAUUGCCUCAGCACAGAUAGGCGAAAUUGUAGCAUCUCUGCUGUGGCUUAACCAAAGAGUUGGAAAGAGCAGAGGAGAUUUUGGGUGAGGGCAGCUUAAUGUUUUAGUGAAGCAUGUGUAAUGGAAUGUUUUCUUGUUCUUAUUGAUUUUGUGUUAUAAUUCUCAAGGAAUUAUAAUGUAUAAUGUAAAUUAUGGUGAUGGGAGAGAUGUUUAAUUUUGAAGAAUAAAUUAGAGAAAGAGAAAGUCUUUCUCUUGUUUAGGAUUUUUUUUUUUUUUUUUUUUUUUGGGGUCAUAAAAAAGAGUUGGAGACCUUUUGGGAAGUUUCUUUUGGCGUCUGUAAUUUGUCUGUGUUUUUUUGUUACUCUUAAUCCUCUUUGUAAAUUGUAAGAUGGAGGAAUGAGGAUGGAAGACUUCGGAGUUC